UUCCUGUUGUGGUUGGUGUUAAACGCGGCUUCUUCAGGAGUCCAGUGUAGACUGAAAGCCAGCAGCUCUUCAGGAAUCCUCCAGGUCGCCAAUUCCAGAAUUUGACUGCUGUGACAUCCCGCCUCAGAGGCUACCAGCGUCUUGCUUUGACUGGCAUGAGUCAACCAUUGUCGGACCCCUCAGGCCACAUCCUCUAAGCCAGAGUAACAGAUCCCCAGUGAAUACGUAUAGUCUGUCAUUUCUCUUCCUUUCAAGAAGCCUGACUAACACGUGACUUAUUUCUGGAGCCCACAGAAAUUCCUUUGGAAAUACCUCAGCUCAAAGCUUGAUGCCGCCUCACAAGAAUCUGUGUUUUGUAGGUGCUGUGUCACCCAGAAGCACCGACGGGACGGGGUUAACGACAAACUGAGCUGCAAGCCAUAUAUGGAGAAAUCCAGCUCGUGAGUUUCAUAACGACUCAACGUUCUGCUUUCCGACUUCUCCAGCUGAGGUCAACUGUGCUUGGUGAGGCUGGUCUCAAAGAAGCAGAGUGCUGAAGAUGUAGCUCAGGGGCAGAGACCUUGCCCAACACAAUCGACCCUGGGUUCAACCUUCCAGCACAGAAAAAAAAAAAGUCUGAAAACUGAGAGCAUUCUAUCAGAACCCCGGGGGCUCUGGGUUCUAAGUCCAACCACAGCCAGAGGCAUCAUGCAGGCCACCCUUGCAAUACUGGUCUGGAUGGCUUCUUCCGUUUCUAGUUCUUCAUAUACCGCAAGUACUUUGCCAGAUAUAACCAAUGAGGAUUUCAUCCAACAAUGUGUGCAAAUCCACAACCAGCACCGGGCCCAAGUGAAUCCGACAGCCAGGAACAUGAUGUACAUGUCUUGGGACUCAGAACUAGCCCGCAUUGCAAAAUCAUGGGCAAAAGUUUGCCAGUUUGAACACAACCCACGGCUGAAAUCACGGCUGCACCCGAACUUCACCGCAGUGGGAGAAAAUAUCUGGACUGGAUCUUUAAGCCUCUUUUCAGUAUCUUCAGCCAUCUCAUCCUGGUACAAUGAAGUCAAGGACUAUGACUUUAGGACUAGGAGAUGCACGGGUGUCUGUGGCCAUUACACUCAGGUUGUUUGGGCAGAUAGUUACAAGGUUGGCUGUGCGGUGCAAUUUUGCCCUAGAGUUGGUAACUUCGAAAGGCUUUCCAAUGGAGCACAUUUUAUAUGCAACUAUGGACCAGCAGGAAAUUACCCAACGUGGCCAUACAAGCAAGGAACCACUUGCAGUGAUUGCCCAAAAGAUGACAGGUGUCUCAACAAUCUCUGCAUUAACCCGCGAAGAGACGGUGUCUCACGUUACUACGCUGGCGACUACCCAGAAAGGCCCAUAUAUCUACGGAACAGAUACACAUCUCUCUUUCUCAUUGUUAAGGCAGUACUUCUCAUACUGUCUGUUAUAAUUACCAUUUUGGUAAAGCACAAAUACCCUAAUUUAGUUCUUUUGGACUACUAAUGCCAUCGUUGGAAGGCAACUUAUAAGUGGCUAUUGUAAAACAUUUGAGAAAAAUGUUUCAAUGAAGCCUUAGAAAAAC